AAACGAAACCAAUUAGACCAAAAGUCCUGUUUUUAUGUGGUUCAAGUCCGCGGAGAUUCACAAUUUAGCUGCUGUUUUACGGAUACAAAUCGACAAAUUAAUACGAUUUCAAGAAAGUUAGCAGUCCACCAGCACAGGAAGUGACAUCAAACUACACUCUUCUUUGUCUGACGACCUUAUCCGGAGGAAGUGAAGCUUUAGAUGAGGCAGCUACUUCACUGGGAGAAAAAAAAAACUGAAAAAAAUUGCCAAGAGGGGAAAAAACUUUGCUGGUUUGGAGGAAUUUGGGCCGAUUGAAAAACCGUUUCCUAGGAGUCUUGGUCCAGGGGAGUCCCGGGGAGGGAGACGAAUUCGCCGUAACCGAAAUGAUGGAAGACUCUCACUUCAAUUCAUCAUACUUUUGGUCUCCAAUCCCCACUGUAUCAGGACAGAUUGAAAAUGCCAUGUUCCUGAACAAAGUGAAAGAGCAACAGGAAAAGAAUGCUUGCUUCUCUCCGUCUCCUGCAUCACACUACCAAACCGCUCUUCUCACCAUCCCCACUCAUGGGACAAAAACAGAUGGAGGAGGGCAGGUUGGGAGUGUGGCACAACUCCACCCUCCUCACAGCACCCAGAACAUGCUGUCUGUCCCCUCCACGGGCAUCAUGACAGCAGCGGGUCUGGUCAUCACAACUCCUCAGGGAACAUUAGUGUCACCCACCUCGUCUCAGUCAUUUGUCUCUGGUCACCCAGCAACGACCAUGAUUGUUUCAGCACUCCAUUCUGCAGACAGAAAAGAAGGCGAUGGGUCUUCCCAUGUGGUCGUGAUGCCUGCGGCCUCCAAGCGAGGCAGGAAAAAAAAGACGGCACUUUCCAGGGUCGGUGGGAUGGGUGGAACAGGAAAUGAAACGCUAAUACUGGCUCACCUGACAGCUGGCGGACAGUUGGCGUCUUUGCAACAUCAUACUGGAGACCCAUAUGACCUGUCAAAUGAAGAGGAAGACCACGGCACAAAAGAUAGCACUAAGACCUACAGGUGCCGGAUGUGUGCGGCGACCUUCCUCAGUAAGUCUGACAUGCAGAUCCACUCCAAGUCGCACACAGAGGCCAAACCUCACAAGUGUCCUCACUGCGCCAAGUCAUUCGCCAACUCCAGCUACCUGGCCCAGCACAUCCGCAUCCACAGCGGGGCCAAGCCUUACACCUGCUCCUACUGCCAGAAAUCUUUCAGGCAGCUCAGUCAUUUACAGCAGCACACACGGAACCACACAGAGUCGAAGCCUCACAAGUGUCCACAUUGUACCAAGUCAUUUGCCAACUCAAGCUACCUGGCCCAACAUGUCCGCAUACACACCGGAGUGAAACCUUACUCCUGCUCGUACUGCCAAAAGAGCUUUAGACAGCUCAGUCACCUUCAGCAGCACAACAGGAUCCACACAGGAGAUCGUCCCUAUAAGUGUUCACAUCCAGGCUGUGAGAAAUCUUUCACACAACUUUCAAAUUUACAGUCUCAUCGACGUCAACACAACAAGGACAAGCCCUACAAGUGCACCAAUUGCAAUAAAGGAUAUGUAGAUUCAGCAAGUCUGGAGGUGCACAUGUCCACACACACUGUCAAACACGCAAGGAUCUACUCCUGUGGGCUCUGCAACCGUACUUAUACCUCAGUAAGAUCGAUGUCCUUUUCUGAAGCGCAUUUCUGCAUGAAAAACUAUGAAUUGCCUCUCUGGUGUCAGACAACUGGCAGCUACUUUAUACCAUGUAGUCAUGUGUCCACUGUUUCCCCUCUACCUAUCCUCUCUUCAUCUCAGGAGACGUAUCUGGUGAAACACAUGGAGAAACACAACCCAGACCAGUUGAGUGCAGCAGCAGCACGGUCGACACAACAGAACCACAACCACAACCAAAGCCAGGCCCAGGGUCAGACUGUUGCUCAGGGCCAGGUGGAAAACGAAGAAGGAGGAGCGAGCCGACUAGGGGGAGCUGGGAGUGGAGGAGGCCAGCAGGGGCAGAGCCAGAGCAACUACCCCCAAACAGAAACCAUCUCCUGCCCAUUUGACCUGCACCAGUAUAAAACAGUCUCUGCCAGUGACAUCCAGUACAAACCAGUCAGUGUAGCGGAUCUAACUUCCCACAAGGACCUCUGUCUCACUGUGUCGGCCUCCACCAUUCAAGUGGAGCACCUCAACUCUUAGAGUUUUAUAAGAGGAAUGAGUUUGGGCGGUGGGGAAGCGGAAUAUUGUUUUGAAAUAUGGAGGAUGAAGAAAAAAAGCAAUAAUUAAAUGAUAAAGGAACUUUAAAACACAAAAGACUGUGCCUGAACAAUGGUUUGAGACUAACAGGAUAAGCAGUGUGGUAACACAGUUUACUGAAGAUUUUGUUGAAAAUUUUUUUUUUUUUUUUUUUCUGCCUUGUUUUUUCCCCCGUUGCUAACCUGUUCCUGUCGGAGUAGAAAAUAGAUCAAAAGAUUGCAAUAAAGUAUCUUUCAGUCCAUCACAGUGAUGGUUUUAUGAUAGGGAAAAUACUCAAAGAGACAUUGCUUCUCUUUAUUGUUUUAUCACUUCAGAUUCAGUCAAAUCAAUCUAAGGCCUGUCUGUUUCAGAAAAUUGGCAAUCGACUGUGAAGGUACAUUUUUAUACUUUCGUACAAAGACUUUUGGUGUUUUUUUCUAAAUGUUAAAACCUCUGCAAUGUUGUAAAAUAAAUUCCUGAAAUGAAAUAAUACUUUCUAACCAUAAAAGGGACAUCAAUGUUAUUUCCUUUUCAGAAAAGAAAAAAAUAGCAGUCAAGUAUAUAUACUUAUAUACAACCAGUUUAUAAAGUAUGAUUGUUCGUUUAAAGGAUGAGGUGAUCCUUAUAACCCAUUUAGACCCAUUGGUGUGAUUCACAUGGCCUUUGGGCCAUACUGAGUCUGUUCAUGUUUCAUGUAAUCCUACUGUACAGCUUUGUGUGUAUGUCCUAAAAGUAAUGUUAUCCAAAUGUGUUGCUAUUAUACUUCCACAAUAAGAAUGUGUAUAAUAUUUCUUUACACACAUACCACACACACAUGUUUUUUUCCCAGCUUAAAAUACAAUAAACCCUCAGAAAUUA